CAGUUAUUUAAGAUUAAAGAUGAACCAAGAAAAAAGGUAUAUCUUGAUAGCAUCAUUAAACCUUUGUGUUUUCUGCUUCAUUCUGCAACUAGAUAAAUGUUCUGCUGUUGAUCCACAGUUUGUAGUAUGUAAUAAAUCAGUAAAUUGUAGAUAUGGUCCAAGAAUAAGCUUUCCAUUUUAUAUUGAAGAUGUUCAAGAAUCUUAUUGUGGGUACCCUGGAUUUGGGCUAUAUUGUAGUGAACAAGGGUUUCCUGCUGUACAUAUAGCUGGAAAUGAGUAUGUAGUUGAAGAUAUUAGAUAUCAAGAUCAUACUUUUCAGCUUAAAAAUUCAGUCUUUAACAGUAGUGUAAGGAAUGGAUGUGUUUCUGAUAUCAAGAAUAUGUCACUCGAUAAUCGCCCUUUUCAGUUUGUUAAGAAAUCAAAAAUUUACUUGUUGUCGAAGUGUAAUGGUUCGAUAUCUGAGAAUCUUUCGAAGCACAUGAUUCAUUUUGGUUGUGGUGGAGAAAAUGUGAAUGAUUGGGGUUAUGCAAUGUUAGCUGAUGAUGAAAGAUUUGAGUCUGCAUUACAAGUGUGUGAAAAACAUGUAAUGGCACCAGUAGAAAUGCUUGGUGAUGAGGGAAGUAAUCGAGAUGUUGACUAUCUGUGGAUUUUGAGAAGGGGGUUUAGAUUGAACUGGACUGCUGCUAAUUGCAGUGAAUGUGCAGAAAGUAGAGGACAUUGCGGAUUUGAUGUUAUCAAUUAUCAAUUCAAAUGUUUCUGCACUGACAGCCCUCAUGCAUUGAGUUGCCACCCUUCCGGUAAGCCCCUAUCUAGCAGUUAAUUUUCCAGUAUAAUUAUGCAGAACCUUAUCAUAUGAUUAGGCACCGUGCUUUAGGUUCUUUUCUUGUGAUUACCAAGCGCACAAAAAAGUAUCGUUUGAUCAUC